GAGACAGAGAAAGAAGGCUCCUAACACGGCGGAUGGGGCGGAACCAGAACAAUCUGUCCACGUACAAAGGAAGGGACGAGACCAGACCCAGGCAUGAGAAAGGCAAAAUGGCAGGAGCAGGCGUGUGUGACGCGGGGGCUGCGGCUGCGGAUAUCCGGCCACGCAGCGGCUGCCCGCACCGACCCCGGGGGCGGCGGACCCAGGAGCCCCAGGGAGGUGACAGGCCCGCGGGGCGCGUCGCCCGGCCUGCCGGCCCGACAGUCCCGACCUUCGACGCCCGGGAGGAUCGGGACCCACCGGAAGGGUCCCCUCGGCCUCCCUCCUCGACAGACCCGCCUCCGGCCACCCCGCACCCGGGCGCGGCUCCCAGGGAGCGUCCUCCAACGCGGACGCCGGGCGGCCAGGCGGCCGGGCUCCAGGAGCUCGGCCCCUUCAAGGGCCGCAGCGCCGCGGAGGAAACGGAACAGCGGAGAUACGCGGGUCUGAAACAAAGGCCACAGGGAGCUGGGGAGGAGAAGCCCUUACCUCAUGAUGGCUGGGCUCUGCGGGCCGUCCUGCGAAGCGCGGGUCCCCUCAGGCUUUCUCCUCAGCACCGGGCUCCUGCGCGGCUGAGCGACAGCGCGCGUGCGUGUGCGCGUGCGCGUGCGCGCGGGAGCGGGGUCCGCAGCGCUACGGCCGCGCGCGGGCGGUCGUCUUUGUUAAAGGCAGGGCCUCCGCGGGAAAAGGAAACUGGAAAGUGAAUCUGAUCUCUGACUAGGCGGAGUCCAGCUUCAGCAAACAGAAACUUCUGGAAGAGUUGAGUGAGCCCCGGCCGGCGGGCUGAGGAGCCACGGCAAGAGGGACAGAAUCCUCCUCUUCCUUCUACCCCUUACUUCUUACCCACAGUUGAGAAUCCUGUAAGUAAUACCUUCAUGUAUAUACUGAAUUUAUUUGAACUAGUCUGCACAGCGUAGCCUGUAGGAGACAGGAGGUGGACUUUAGGUAGGAAAGAAGUUGAAUACAGAUCUAGGGAAGUCAGAGAUGGAUGGUACUGGAGUUCAGGAGGAGCCUGGGUGAAAGAACUGAUAUCCAGGGAAAUGUCAGAGGAGGCCUGCUGCCUUCAGCAUGGGACUCCAGAGUGAAGGUGACUGGAUCACAUUUGGUCUGGCUAGGGGCAAGAUACAGAAAUGUGGACACAGACUGAGAGUGGGCAGUUCAAGCUGGGGCAGGCUGUAGGGUAGAGGCUGUUAGUCCCAAUUCAUUUCCAGCUCUGGCAGCAUCAUGACAAUGGAGACAUUGGUGGUCAGGAUAAUCCCCAAGGAGGUGGACCCUGUGGUGAUGUGUAGAUAGCAGAGACCUGGGCUGGGGCACUUGUAAUGGUAGUGAAUGGCAGGAACUAUGGCCUGGCCUAACUUAGGGUACAUGAGAGUCACUCUCUGGGCACCUGGGGGUACUCUAAAUAAGGACACCAGCUGAGGUUCUGUCAGUCAUGUAAAUGAUAGUAACAAGCUCCUGAAAUUCAGCUGUCAAUGUAAAGAGCCCUCUUGGUAAUGCCUGGAGAGAAUUCAUGUGUAAGUUUGGCAGUAGCAUUUCAAUACCAAAGAGCAUCUGUUUUCCUGGGUUUGCUGCUUGUUAUUUUUCUCUGCAAUCUCAUCUGGGUUGUUCCACAUUUUAGUUUUACUGAACUCCAGGAAGUGCAAAGAUCUCUUCCAGAGUUGGGAAGGAUGGGAGAGAGAGAUGGUAGUAGGUUAUAAAACACACUAAGUAAAUGUGAUUUCUGGAGAUUGUCAGAUACACCUCACAUAAACACAGUAUAUAAUCCUGAGAUUUAUUUUGCAUUAAUGAGCUCUGCUUUCUGAGUGCAAGUGAUGUAUAAUAAUACCUUGGAAGAAUUGCCUAAUCGGCCAAUUAUCCAACAGUUAUAUACUUUUAAUAUUUCUGACUUGGGGGAGUUGGCAGUGGUUAGACUUGUUUUGCACCAUACAGCCUCCUCCCCAAACACAGGCACUUUAAGUUAUGUUUUUGUUAAUCUGGUAUGUCUCUUGUUUUAGUGACAAGGGAAUUGGGAAGAUUGCCUCUGUGUAACUCAGAAACCUGCCCCUCAAUGAUAAAAAUUUUGCUUAUUUAAAUUCCUAUAGAAUUUCAGUAUAAAUCCAAAGCCUUGCCCAAUAUUUCUGUGAAUUCUUUGGGGACUUGUAUUCUCUGUAGAUUAGGGGUCCCCGCCAAGAAAUAGAGGCAGCCAGAACCUGGCAAAGUUACCAAAAUGAUUGUCCCCUAAAGACCCUGGGAGGGAUUUGGCUGCACCAACACCUUAAUUUCAGGCUAAUGAAACCUAUUUCAGACUUCAAGCCUCUAGAACCAUGAAGAUAAUAAAUUCGUGUAGUUUUAAGCCACCAAGGUUGUGGUAAUUUAUUAGACCCACAAUAGGAAAUUAAUAUAUCCUCCACGCAAACAUACAAGAAUGAAAAGCAAUCAUGUUAUUUCCUUAUUUUUCCUUUUAAAAAUAUUAUUUGUUGUACAUUACCUUUUAAUACAAUGUCAUAAUCAAAGGUGAUUGUUACAGAUGGUAUCUCUCUGAUCAUUUAGCAUCCUUUUCAUACUUCCUGAUCUAACUAAAUCAACGUCAGCAAAUGACUGAAGAAAUAGUUCUUCAAACAAAAUGGCAUAGAACAAGAGAAACUGCUUGAAAGAACUUGACAGUGAAUUAAAUUUCAAACAUCUUCAUGGAGAAAGCCGACCUUUAAUUGACUGUGUAUUUGUUUUAUUGUCGGUCUGUCUCACUGGAUUGUAAACUGCGUGAGGUUUAGGGAAAAUGUCUGCUUUGCACACUAAAGAGGAGCAGAGUAUGCCACCCCCAAGUACAACACCUUGGCGUAGGAUUAUUGUGAGCUGAAGGCAGUUGAGAAGAAGCAGAUAUAAGAAAAGCUCUCUGCCCUCUCCCACCUGCCUAGAAAAAUGUCUCCCCUCCCCUCUCUACCAGGAAGGACAAAGUUAGUCAUCUGAGAAACUCUAGGCUCUAAUCAGCCCGAAGACACUAACAGAAAAAUAUACAUAACAAGCCUUUUUAACUAGCUCUUAUCUUCCAUUAAUUUCCCCCGUAUAUUUGCCUUCGUACAAUUUGCCAUUUGGAAACUCAGAGUUCUUUGCCUUUACCUAUCACUUCUCUAAAAAUGUAUCACUUCUUUGUUAGGAUGCUAUGUAAGCCCAAGUUCUAACCACCCCUUUGAGUUACUCAUCACGGGGUCCUCCCAUGUGUGUGCAUGAUGCACAUGUUAAUGAACUUCUGUUUGUUUUUCUCUUUUUAAUGUGCUUUUUUUCCCCAGUCUAAUUUGUAAGGCCUCAGCCGAUGAACCUAAGGUGGGGUAGAGGAAAAAGAAUAUUUCCUUCCCCUACAUUACCACAGUAUUUUUGGUAUCUAGCACUGAAAAUUAUUCGUUGAUAAAAUGAAUGAAUUAGAGGGGAGGGUAUAGCUCAAGUGGUAGAGCGCAUGCUUAGCACACACAAGGUCCUGCGUUCAAUUCCAGUAUCUCCUCUAAAAAAAAAAAGAAUAAAUAAAUAAAUAAGUAAACCUAAUUAUCCCCCCAAAUUAAAAAUAAAUAAAUAAGAAAUUAAAAUGAGUGAAUUAAACAUUUUAUUUUCUGUUAAGUCCAGUGCUUUAUUUGCUAUAAAUCUACUCAACAAGCUGUUUCUCCUACUAUAUAACAGUCACAGAGAAAGAGUUCUCUCUCUUCCUCUCUCUCUCUUGCACACAGACACAUAUAUUCUGUUUCACUAUUUCCUGAAUACAACUAAUGUUUUAUCAGCUUUGAGUAAUUGUUCAAAAAUUACAUCAUUACACUGAAUUACAUAAUAUGUUUCUGAAAGCAGCAAGCAGAGAAGAUGACUAGACAUAUUGACCUAAAAUCAAAUGAAAUGUGAGAGUGGUCCAUAUUUCAGUGCCUAGAGAACAUGUCCCACAGAGUUCUCUGAGUCAAGAGCCAGCCUCAGGGCCUGCUCAUAAUACUCCAGAGCUUCAUUCAUUUCUCCUUUCAAUUUGUGGGUGAGCCCAAGGAUGCUCAAGCUUUCUAUAUCUGAUGCGUUUCUUCGAAGUUUCUUUGAAGCCAGUUUCCCCAAAGCAGUGAUGCUUUUGUUCCUUUCAAAUGAUGCCUUUUCUAUUUUCACUGCUUUUAAAUAAUGGCUGAUUGCAUCAACUUCAGAUUUUUUAUGAAAUUCCAGAAAUCGGCCGUAGUGGGAAUGUACUUGUUGCAGCAUGUCUUCGUCGAGUGUUUUCAAGGAUAACACUUUUUGAAAAGCAUCUUCAGCUUUUCUGUACUCACCUGCUUCUGCAUACGUUUCUGCCAGGUUUAUAUAAGCAAUCUCAAAUGUGGGCUUUUGUUUCACAGCAA